AUGGCGGAACAGAGAGAAAAGGAGCCAGUCGUGCAGGCUGCCGCGCGGCGUGUUGCCUCGCGCUGGAUCAACGGCCUCGGCCGGGUGACUCUCGCCCUGUUGGCUCUCGGCACUGUGGCCGUCAUCCACUUGGUUGGCCUGCUGAUCUUCACCAACGGUUUCCUCCUCACGCGUCUCUCGAUUCCUGCUGUCUCGCCGGCUUACAAUGCAACCAACCCGCCUCCUGUUCCCGCUAGCUUUGAGAAGGCAGUCAUCGUCAUCAUUGACGCGCUCCGCACCGACUUCAUCUCGCCGAACUACCCGACGCUCAAGAGCGAGUACCACCACGGUGUGCUCUCGCUCCCGACCGAGCUUACGGAGAAGGACCCGUCUCACUCGCUCAUCUUUAACAGCUACUCUGACCCGCCUACGACGACAAUGCAGCGCAUCAAGGGCAUCACGACGGGUUCGCUGCCCACGUUCAUCGACGCCGGUGCCAACUUUGCCUCGACGGCGAUCGAGGAGGACUCGCUGGUUCAGCAGCUUCUGGCCGUUAACAAGAGCAUCGCGUUCAUGGGCGACGACACCUGGAUGGGUCUUUUCCCUGACAAGUUCAAGCAUGCACACCCUUACGACAGCUUCAACGUCGAGGACCUGCACACGGUGGACAACGGUGUCAUCGAGCACAUUUUCCCGUACCUCGCCCCAGAGAACCGGACCGAGUGGGAUGUUCUGAUCGGCCACUUCCUCGGCGUCGACCACGUCGGACACCGCGUCGGCCCGGAGCGCGAGACGAUGCGCCAGAAGCUCAAGCAGAUGGACGACGUGCUCCGCGAUGUCGUUGACAAGCUCGACGACAAGACGCUCCUCGUCGUCCUCGGCGACCACGGCAUGAACCCGAAGGGCGACCACGGCGGUGACAGCGACCUCGAGACCGCAGCCGCGCUCUGGAUGUACUCCAAGGGACCCGCCCUCACCGGGCCCGCGAUCAACGACUUUGACUGGCCGACGUACACCUUCCCGGGCUCGACCAAGCCGAUCCGGCACGUGAACCAGAUCGACCUGGUGCCGACGCUGGCGCUUCUGCUCGGCAUCCCGAUCCCGUACAACAACAUUGGCGCGCCUAUUCCCGAGCCCUUCUCCUCUUCUCUCGGCACACUCGCUGCGGCCUCGGGCGCGACGGCCCAGCAGAUCGAGCGCUACGUCAAGGCCUAUGGCAACCGCGAGGUCGCGACCAAUCUCCUCCGCCUGCGCCGCAACGCGGCCGACGACAGCCUCGAAGGCGCGAUCAAGCACAACUACGCCGUCUGUGCCACGGCGCUCUCGAGCCUGCGCGCCCUCUGGGCCCAGUUCAGUGUUACGCACAUUGUCGUCGGGCUCGGCGUGCUCGCCCUCGGCGUCCUCGCCUCGCUCGCCAUGUACCUCGGUGUUCGCAACAGCGGGCCGAGGUGGGAUGCCUACGUCCGCUUCGCGCUCGACACGGCGCUCACCGCCGGUGCCGGCGUCGGCAGCGUCGCCGGCACGCUCGCGGGCGUGUACACGCGCAAGCCUGCUGUGGCUUUGCAGGUCUUCUUCGUCGCGAUGGCCGUCGUCGAGAGCGUCGUCCUCGCCGCGCCGCUCUUCACCGGGCACAUCCGCAGCAUCACGUGGAACUUGGGCAAGAGCGUCGGGCCCCUCGUGCUGCUCCUGCACUGCCUCUCCUUUGCCUCGAACUCCUUCAUCAUGUGGGAGGACCGGAUGGUGCUCUUCCUCCUCGUGACUGUGCUGGUGGUGCACAUGGCGCAGUCCUUCACAGCGCCGACGGCGAGCCAGCGGCUGCGCAUCCUGCUCUUCGCGCUCGUGUUCGCCGUCAUUGCCCGCCUCCUCUCCCUCGUCACCGUCUGUCGCGAGGAGCAGCAGCCCUACUGCCAAGUCACCUUUUAUUCCCAGGGUGCGGGCCAGCCCAACUGGGCGCUUGCGUUCGCCUUCCUGUCGGCCGUCAUGUUCUUCCCGCGCUUCAUCGCGACAGUCCUCGACUGGAGCAAGAGCUACGCGGGUCCUGCGCCGCUGUUCGUGGCGGUGUUUUGGCGCGUCGUCAUCGUCGUCAACACGAUGUACUGGGUGCUGGACUUUUGCGAGACCUGGGACGGCCUGAACCCCGACCGCAUCCCGCUCGCCAAGAUGCUGAAGCAGUGGGCGGCCCGCUUGUCCCUCGGCGCCGUGCUCGGUGCCCUACCCUAUCUGUGGUGGGGGAGCGGACUGUGCAUCCGCGCCGAGAAGGAGACGGACCAGGCGACGGGCGAGGAGGCCGUCAAAGUCUACGGCGCGGGCAACGCGUGGGGCGCGAGUUACCUGCUCUGGCUGCUUGUGCCGUUUGCGCUCGUGCACCUCGUCUCCCCGACGCCUGGGCAGAUGGUGCUGAUCGGCAUGCUGACCGCGCUCCUGAUGCACCUCGAGCUGGUGGACACACAGCGCGACGCGGCCGUCAUGAAGCGUACCUUCACAACGGGGCAGAAGGGGAUGCAGGCCACUUUCGAGCUCCAGGGCGCCGGGGAGGGACUCAUCGUCCGCCCGUCCUUCAGCGACGUCGUGCCCCUCGCGCUCCUCGCCACACUCGCCUUCUUCGCCACCGGCCACCAAGCUGUCCUCGCCACUAUCCAGUGGAAGAGCGCGUUCGUCGGCUUCGACACGGUGACGUACCCCUGGUCUCCGGCGCUCGUUGUGCUCAACACUUGGGGCCCGUUCCUCCUCGCGGCCCUCGCUGUGCCCCUCCUGGCUAUCUGGAACGUGAGCCCGCGGCCCAACGACACGGUCCCCAUCGUCGGACAUGUGCUCCAGGUCUGCCUCGCUUUCAGCACCUACUUUGCCGCCAUUGCGCUCGCGAGCGCGACCUGCGCCGCAUGGCUCAGGCGCCACCUCAUGGUGUGGAAGGUGUUUGCCCCGCGCUACAUGCUCGCCGGCAUCACGCUGCUCAUUGUCGACAUUGGCCUCAUUGCCGCCGUCGCCGUGUUCGGCUUGACGCAGCAGAAGGUCAAGCGCACCUUCCGCUCCGUCGCCAUUUAA